GGGGCAGCUCGGGGGAUGAGAGGAGUGCAUGCAGACACGUGAUGUAAAGUCUUGCUUUUACGUAAAUUGAAGAACUGAAGUAAAGAUCGUCUUGUUUUUUAAACGUAUGCACGCCUGGAAAUCCCUCUUGUGUCCACGUGUGCAACAAAUAUUGGAGGCACUGCUGAGGUAUUAAUGUUUCGCCGUGUCUGUGUGUGACACCAACUCGGACGGAGUUUUCCCCUGACGGGAGCGAGCAGGGCUGGAGCACCGGACGCGCACAGCAGGUUGCAACUGGAUCAGCUCAAAGAGGUGAGAUGGCUGACAAUUAAGAAAACAGAGUUCAGUGAGGAAGAGACGGCUUGGUCUUCAACAGGAUGCCAGGAUCACAUUUUUAACACACCGUUUAAAGGGCUUUCUUGUCCGCAGCUGAACAUCCAGCAUACCACACAGAGAUGGAGAAUGACAGCACGCUCUCGAUGGUCGCCCGGUAGAAGGACACCAGCAGCUUCUUGUUCAGUCUGUUCCUCCGAAGCACCCUCAUGAAGUGCAGUCGCUGCUGGGCCUUUUUAACUGCUGCAGUGGUGUGUGCAGCUGAGGCUCUCCGAAAUUUGAACCCCGAGGAACUUAAAGUCUUGACCCCUUGAUGCAUCUCUUCAAGACAAGUUACUGGGCAAACACCAAACUGCAAGAUGAAAACUAUUGUCAUUGAUUGGAUGCCACAUCUCUGCCUAUUUGCAGAGACAACUCCCCAGAAGAAGAAAUAACCUGCAGUUACGGGGAUGCUGACUGGCCUUUGCGCAAACAGUGCAUUCUUGUGUUAUAGGUUCAUUCUACGUAUAUUUCUACACUUCCUGAGCCUGUGCAUGUUUGAAAGGUUCCAGGUGACAAACGGGCAUACUAAUCCAGAGGGAGUUGAGGAGGAGAGGCUCCCCUUAGACUUGACUUUCCCCGAAACAUCAACAAGUGACUGUGCUACGACCGAGUUCCAGGUGACAAACGGGCAUACUAAUCCAGAGGGAGUUGAGGAGGAGAGGCUCCCCUUAGACUUGACUUUCCCCGAAACAUCAACAAGUGACUGUGCUACGACCGAGUUCCAGGUGACAAACGGGCAUACUAAUCCAGAGGGAGUUGAGGAGGAGAGGCUCCCCUUAGACUUGACUUUCCCCGAAACAUCAACAAGUGACUGUGCUACGACCGAGUUCCAGGUGACAAACGGGCAGACUAAUCCAGAGGGAGUUGAGGAGGAGAGGCUCCCCUUAGACUUGACUUUCCCCGAAACAUCAACAAGUGACUGUGCUACUACCGAGUUCCAGGUGACAAACGGGCAGACUAAUCCAGGGAGGGAGUUGAGGACGAGACGCUCUCCUUGGAACUUUAUGUCUACAUAAGCAUCAAACAGUGACUGUGCUACUACCGAGGGAAACAAACGUUUGUGAAACGCAGCUGGACGUCAGCAGAAAGUGCUGCUGUGGAACAACACUUGGGUUAUGAAAUGGACAAUCAAGAACCAGGUUCCAGGGAAAGAUGCAUGUGAGGAUUGUAUCCCUGCCGAACCUCAAGCCCUAACAAAUAGGGACUGGGGAGCCGUUAAGUAUUACAUGAACAUUUCAAUUUCUUCUCUCCGAAUGUAAAUGAAAUAAAAUUGAACCAAGGAAAAAUACGUUCAAUGUUGAAAGAAGGAUUUCAAGUACCACUACCAAAACUAGGGGCUUUACCUAAACCAAACCAAAUUUUCAUUUUUGAAUCGUCAACUAAUAUAAAUUAAAGGGAAAUCAAUUGCAUUCCGAUUAUGCUGCUAGAAAGAAUCAUCCAUGUUUUCAAAGAUUUCCUUUUUUGCUUUUAGGGUUUUCCCUCUCCUGUAGUGUAGAAAAUAUAUUUUUGUGCAUGUAAAUGUUUUUCAAAGUCUAAAAUCCCUCAUUGAAGCAUGGAAACAUUUCACAGGAGAGAAACUUUAUACAAAUUUGAACCUCAAAAUGACCAGAAUAUGUCAUUGUUAAAUGUAACUCAAAAGGAGGUAAAAGUCUACUGAUUUGUUAGGCCUGUUUGUUUUGUUUUUUGGGUCAUGGGAUUGGUCAAGUUGUACAUUUUGUUUUAAUGACUGAUUUUAAAUGCCAUUUUCUUAAUCUCUUUCAUUUUUUGUAAAGCACUUUGAAUUGCCUUGUGUUGGAAAGUGCUAUAUAAAUAAA